GAGUUUGACAAACAUAGCGCAUACUAAAAUAUAUUAUUAUAUCCGUUAUAGAAAGCCUUUAGUUAAAAAUGAAACUUGAAAUUUAAAUUUUGUAUCACGAUUAUAUAUUUAUUUUCGUGAUAAAAUCACUAUGACAAAAUAUUUAAAUAAAAUACUAUUAUAAAAACGAAAAAUGACAGUCAAAUAUCACACGUUAUUCUAUAUUUUAAGUUCAUGGGUUGUCACAAAAAGUACUUCUGCUCAAAAAAAAGCGUCAAUCAAAAUGGAUAUUCCGUUAAAUGAAGCGGUUGAGCUUGAAUGCGGUCAUAUAAACGAAACAAUUGUAAGUGUAAUCUGGCAAACCGCCCCACAAAACAAAACUUUACGUACAGUUUAUAGUAAUGAUUCGCUUAAUAAUAAAAAGAACCGCCCUCCAACAUAUACAAAUUCAAGAAUAAUAGUAAGUGGUAAAAGUUCUAUAAAAAUUGGAAGCACCCAAAUGACUGACAGAGGAAUCUGGGAAUGUAACGUCAUUAUUUUGAAAAACGGAGUUUUGGAUAAUCAACUGAUGUCGACGUAUGAUAUUAACAUAAUAAGCAAGCCAAGUCCUGUAACAGUGGAAACUAAUAAAUUAGACGUUAUAAAAAAUGGACAUGCAUCUGCCUAUUGUGACAGUCAAUCUCCAUCUUCAUUUUCAUUGUUUUGGGAACGUGUGAAAGGAAAUAUUUCAGAUCAUGUCUCCUUUAAAAAUGAAUAUAGCAUAAAAGAUGACCUACAUAUUAAUCGAGUAUAUAUUUAUAUUAAAAACAUUGAUGAAAAAGACGCUGGUGAUUAUAAAUGUACUGCAAAAAAUCUUGCUGGAUAUGCUUCUGAAAUUGUAACUGUCAAAUUAAAAAGUAUGCCAAUUAUUUCUACACAAAAAAAAUUCAUGAUGAACAUGUAUACCGAUGGUCAACUUAAAUGUAGUGCUAAAGGAUAUCCAAAUAUUGAUUUUACAUGGGAGAUACCAAAGAAACUUCCUUUGCUUGCACUUAAGAUAAAGCCUUUGGAAAGUAUUGAUAGAUACAAAGUAUUACAAACUACUAUUGAUAUAGAUACUGAUAUAGCAACCUCAGUUUUGCAAAUAAAAAAUGUUCAGCGAUCAGACAUGAGUUUUUUUAAGUGUUGUGCGCAAAAUGACAUGGGAAAAACUGAAAUAGCUAUUGAAGUAUCUGGUUUAAAAACCCCUGAGGCUCCUAUUGUUGUAAAGUAUACAGUUUCCAAACAUAGUGUUACAUUGUACUUGAAGCUUGGAGAUGAUGGAGGAUCUCCGGUGAAUCUAGUUACUAUUCAAUAUAGAAAAAACUCAUCUGAAACAUGGAAUGAAGCAUCGAAAAAAAAGAUUAAAAAAGAACUUACCUAUUAUACUAUUAAUAAUCUUUCAGAAAAUGUCAAUUACACUUUCAGAGUGUCAGCUUCAAAUGCUAUUGGAACAAGCGAAUAUAAUAAAUUUUUUAUAGCUAUUGCAGAUGGAAUUCAAACUUCAUCUAUACAUGGCAAUAUAGGUAGUGAUAUCAAAUUGACUUUGAUUGUUAUCAUUGGGGGAGUUAUUGCUGGAGUAUUCUGUAUAGGAGUAAUUAUUGCUUUAUUUAUGAAAAAAACAUGUCGAAAAGAAUUUAACUUAACAAAUAAUGAGAGAGACAGUACAAUUCGUAGUAUUCUUCCUACAACUGAUAUAAAUUCUGUUGAACUAGAGUCAAUCUUUUAUGAUUCUGAUGAAUGGGAAUUUCCACGAGAAAAGCUUGUCAUAACCUCAGUGUUGGGUGCAGGUGCCUUUGGUAUAGUAAUGUCAGGUAUUGCUCGUGGAAUAGAAGGUACCAAUGAUGAAGUUAAAGUAGCUGUUAAAAUUGUUAGAGAUCAUUCAAAUGAAGCCGCAAAAAAAGACCUUCUUGCAGAAUUAAAUCUUCUUAAAAUGAUACCUGAGCAUGAGAAUGUAAUACGUUUAUUAGGUUGUUGUACUCGACAAGAUCCUCUUUAUGUUAUUGUUGAGUUCUGUGCAAAUGGCGACCUUCAAGGACUUUUAAGAAGCAGUCGUGGCAUUUAUGAACGAUAUUAUAAGACAUGCUAUGGUGGCUCUGUUCCCAGUCUAACAUCAAAAAUGCUUUUAAAGUUUGCACUUCAAAUAUGCAAAGGAAUGUCACAGUUAUCCUCUAUGAAAGUUAUCCAUAGAGAUUUAGCAGCAAGAAAUGUUUUGGUGGAUGAAAAUCUUAUAUGUAAAGUCAGCGAUUUUGGUUUUGCAAGAGAUAUUUAUGAGGAUGAUCACUAUCUAAAAAGAUCAGCUGGUGGUCGGUUUCCUAUUAAAUGGAUGGCAAUUGAGUCCCUUUUAGAUAACAUAUCUACUACAAAAAGUGAUGUUUGGUCAUUUGGAGUUGUUGUAUGGGAACUAAUUACUCUCGGAGCAUCACCUUACCCUGGAAUGAACUCAUAUGAGGUUGUUAGUUUUCUUCAAGAUGGCAAAAGGAUGGAUAAACCAAAACACUGUUCAAAUGAACUUUAUAAAAUUGUUUUGGAUUGCUGGAAUCCUUCUCCUCUGAGUCGACCCUCAUUUAUGGAAUUAGUUCUUAAAUUUCAAAAGUUGGUUGAUGAAAGCGAAACGAAGGAGUUUAUUGAUAUGAAUUUUUACCAGGAUCAUUUAUAUGUAAACUUUGAUGCAACUGUUUCAACUUCAGCAUCGUCUUCGUCAUAUAUCGGAACUCCGCAUAACUCUUUAGGAAGAAAUCGAAUAAACGUAAUAAAUACGACAGUUCGUCAAUCUAGUAACCCAAUGUAUAACAGUACUUUACCAGGUAGUUCUCCUGUUGUACCUGAACGUGCCCGGUUUAUUCCAGACUCAAACCCCUUACAAACCUCUCGGCGACCCUCUAAUAAUGAAAAUAAUAUUGAAGACACUGAAUUUUCGGAAAGAAGAGAUACAGGGCGCUCUACUGUAUCGCGCUUGAGUGAAACAACUUCGCUUCUACCUAAAGUCUAGCUAAUUUGAGUAUAUUAUAAUAAACAGUUAAGGUUUAUAAAAAAAAGAUUCAGCUUGGUACAGAAUGUGCUGUUAGUUACGAUAUGUAAAGAUAUUCAGCUAGUUACGGUAAAUAUAUUAUCCGCUAGUUACAACAGAAGUGAACCACUUUGGAAAUACUCCUUAAUAAUUGUUUUUCUAUGAAAAAUAUAACUUCAAAAUAUAACUUUGGUAAUGAUCUAGUUUAGAUAAAAAAUUUUAAUACGCUUUCUUGUUUUGCGUUAAGAAACGCUAAUGCUUCUACUCCAUGUGAAUUAGGUUUGCUUCCGAAGAAGAUUUUGUUCCUUAUGAAUCUCCCUCUUUAUUUUCGGUAUAUUCUUAUUUUUGUAAAACUGAAAAGUUUUUUUUAAUAAAAAUAUUUUUAAAA